AUGGGUGGCAGUUUCGAUUGGAAUUGUUCAGUUUCGGAGCCAGAUCUAACAAGGGAUACAAAAAAAUUCGAAAACCGUUUCGCUAUUAAACAUCCAUUUGAAUACAUUUCUGUGGACGAUUUAAAAUUUUUCAGACGUAAAAGACCGCCAGACUUACACACCAAAAGUGGAAUCUGUCUUUUCAAUAUCGACGAACCACCUAUUUCGUUCGGUUCACUUAAAACAGAAUACAGAAAAAAUUUUGAGCAUUUCCAAUUAACAGACCGACCAGGUCUUUCUAGACGUGCCACUUCAUUAUAUUUAGAAGGUUUUAUGCAUCAUAAGUCAGAACACCAGGAGCAAUACCACUGGUUUAAGCCAGAAGAUUGGCAAAGUUGCCGCUCUUAUCCCAUACGUAUGCCAGAAAACUUACAAGUUGGUGGAGUGACGAAUAUGGAUCCUGAACAUCGUUCUUCUUACAUAACUUAUCCUAUGGUAGAUCGCACUGCCAAAAUAUUGCCACGAGAAAUGUUUCGUAUCGAAGCAGAUCCUAUUGUUAAACAUUCAAUUAACACUGACCACUCCCAAAAUAAAAUGAGUAAAAUGAAGGACAAUAAGUCUUUUGAGAAUGAAAAUAAAAAUGAACGUACAGUGGAAGAUGAACAACAAUUUUAUCCCCAACAACAUAUAGAACAAACUAAAAGAACAAUUACUCCAUCAGAAUAUAAAAGACAGUAUAUACAGUAUCCAAUUGAAAAAGCCCAUUCAAUACCACAAAUAACUCAUAUUAAAAUGCACGGUAAGUUUUAUGGUGUGCCAGAGUAUCAAGACAGCUUCAAAAUGUACGCAAACUAUUCAAAAAGUGCACCAAUUAAAAAAAUAGAUAACUUAAAUGUAUCUGGUGCCGAAGAUAUGAAAAACGUGGAUUUCAAUGUAAGUCAACCUGAAUAUCGAGAACAAUAUUGCAACCCUCCUAAGAAUAUUUGCAAAGAAAAGCUACUCAAAACCGGUGAUCAUUUGCGACCACUUGGAGAGUUCACUAAAGACGUGCCCGAAUAUCAUGAAAGUUUUCAAGAUCCACAGGUAAAGGACAUACCAGAACGUGGUAAAUGUCGUGAACCAUAUUUACGACUCAAGGGAAAGAUCGAAUUUAAUCCAGAAUACCGCAAUACCUACUUAGACUUUCCACGUUCCCGACCAAUCACCAAAAAGCCAACAUCAUCCUUUCGCCUGCCUAUCUCGAAUACAAUAACUACCGUAGGAACGAAGACUUCAAUGCACUCACCGAAGUAUAAAAAUAAAUCAAACUCACCUAAACAUCAAAUCAGUGAGGAUAUUGACCUCAAAACUGAUAUAACUUUCACACCUGAAUAUAGGCGAGCACACUACAACUAUCAGUUACGCGAGCGAACGCCUGCAGUUGUUACAGGUAACUCCAAGAAAUACAUACCACCAAAAUAUGCAACCAAAAAAUAUACGACGACCUCAACGAUUGAAGGAAAAGACAUUCAAAAGAAACGUAGUAAUCGGUGUCGUCAAACUUCCCUAAUAGAUGGACACAAACUGCCGAACGAAAGUAACUUUUUUGAAAAUGUCGGGGUGAGUGUAAAAAAUGCAGCCCAAUUCGGAAGACGUGCGUCAGUGUUGAGAAAUGCAUCUAACUGCCGUGGAAAUUCCACAAUUAUCGAGGGAAAUCCAAAGUAUAUUACUAAAUGUCCAAAGAGCAAGUACAGUCCAGAUAACCAAGACUCUUUUGUUGUUCUUAAUGAACCUUGUAAAGGAUCAAAUUGGAUGAAAAAGUCAUGGUACGAGUCAUAA